AUUUGCCACAUUUGUUGACCAACUACUGUACUAGUCUUCUCGUUUCUUCAGCUUACAGCCCUUCAAUUACCCAUCAUCAAAAUGGUGUCCACUCGCUUCGUUCUUGCUAUCGUUGCUGCUCUCUUCGUCCUCGCCAUCAGCGUCGACGCUGCCUACAGGAAGCCACCCUUCAAUGGCAGCAUUUUCGGCAAACGAUCCAGCACCAUCACUGAUUACGAAAUCACCAGCCGAGCCAUGUCAUCGGUCUGCGAAUCUGUCACCGAGACAUGCAACGCCUGGUUGGCACGACAGGACUCUAACUAAAGAUCCGAAACCAAGAUUCAGCUUCAAACAUCAAUAACGCUGCUUAACAUUUAAUAAUAUGAUAACGUCGCUUAUGCUGGUUUCUCGUUUAUCAAUUCCUCUGGCGCUUCAAGAUUCGUCGCAUCGUCCAAAACACUCGUCCUCAUGUAAUCAUUAAGCCUAUACAAAUUAAUCAUGACUGUGUAAAUGUUCUGAUAUAAUAAAGUAUGGUGUUUCUUAAAAUUAAA